GCGGAGGAAUCUACUGGGGCGGUGCUACCGAUGGCUAUAUAAAGAAGCACCGGGUGUGGCGCAGGCAGUUUCGUGGAGGCCGGGAGUUUGCCUGCGUUUCUUCUGUGACCGCUGUUGCCACUGCCACCUGACAAUGCAGAUCUUUGUAAAGACCUUGACUGGUAAGACCAUCACCCUGGAAGUGGAGCCCAGUGACACCAUUGAGAAUGUCAAGGGGAAGAUUCAAGAAAAAGAGGGCAUCCCCCCAGACCAGCAGAGGCUGAUCUUUGCCGGGAAGCAGCUGGAAGAUGGGCGCACCCUGUCUGACUACAACAUCCAGAAGGAGUCCACCCUGCACCUGGUCCUCCGCCUCAGAGGUGGGAUGCAGAUCUUCGUGAAGACCUUGACUGGUAAGACCAUCACCCUGGAAGUGGAGCCCAGUGACACCAUCGAGAACGUCAAGGCGAAGAUCCAGGACAAGGAAGGCAUCCCCCCAGACCAGCAGAGGCUGAUCUUUGCCGGGAAGCAGCUGGAAGAUGGGCGCACCCUGUCUGACUACAACAUCCAGAAGGAGUCCACCCUGCACCUGGUCCUCCGCCUCAGAGGUGGGAUGCAGAUCUUCGUGAAGACCUUGACUGGUAAGACCAUCACCCUGGAAGUGGAGCCCAGCGACACCAUCGAGAACGUCAAGGCGAAGAUCCAGGACAAGGAAGGCAUCCCCCCAGACCAGCAGAGGCUGAUCUUUGCCGGGAAGCAGCUGGAAGAUGGGCGCACCCUGUCUGACUACAACAUCCAGAAGGAGUCCACCCUGCACCUGGUCCUCCGCCUCAGAGGUGGGAUGCAGAUCUUCGUGAAGACCUUGACUGGUAAGACCAUCACCCUGGAAGUGGAGCCCAGCGACACCAUCGAGAACGUCAAGGCGAAGAUCCAGGACAAGGAAGGCAUCCCCCCAGACCAGCAGAGGCUGAUCUUUGCCGGGAAGCAGCUGGAAGAUGGGCGCACCCUGUCUGACUACAACAUCCAGAAGGAGUCCACCCUGCACCUGGUCCUCCGCCUCAGAGGUGGGAUGCAGAUCUUCGUGAAGACCUUGACUGGUAAGACCAUCACCCUGGAAGUGGAGCCCAGCGACACCAUCGAGAACGUCAAGGCGAAGAUCCAGGACAAGGAAGGCAUCCCCCCAGACCAGCAGAGGCUGAUCUUUGCCGGGAAGCAGCUGGAAGAUGGGCGCACCCUGUCUGACUACAACAUCCAGAAGGAGUCCACCCUGCACCUGGUCCUCCGCCUCAGAGGUGGGAUGCAGAUCUUCGUGAAGACCUUGACUGGUAAGACCAUCACCCUGGAAGUGGAGCCCAGCGACACCAUCGAGAACGUCAAGGCGAAGAUCCAGGACAAGGAAGGCAUCCCCCCAGACCAGCAGAGGCUGAUCUUUGCCGGGAAGCAGCUGGAAGAUGGGCGCACCCUGUCUGACUACAACAUCCAGAAGGAGUCCACCCUGCACCUGGUCCUCCGCCUCAGAGGUGGGAUGCAGAUCUUCGUGAAGACCUUGACUGGUAAGACCAUCACCCUGGAAGUGGAGCCCAGCGACACCAUCGAGAACGUCAAGGCGAAGAUCCAGGACAAGGAAGGCAUCCCCCCAGACCAGCAGAGGCUGAUCUUUGCCGGGAAGCAGCUGGAAGAUGGGCGCACCCUGUCUGACUACAACAUCCAGAAGGAGUCCACCCUGCACCUGGUCCUCCGCCUCAGAGGUGGGAUGCAGAUCUUCGUGAAGACCUUGACUGGUAAGACCAUCACCCUGGAAGUGGAGCCCAGCGACACCAUCGAGAACGUCAAGGCGAAGAUCCAGGACAAGGAAGGCAUCCCCCCAGACCAGCAGAGGCUGAUCUUUGCCGGGAAGCAGCUGGAAGAUGGGCGCACCCUGUCUGACUACAACAUCCAGAAGGAGUCCACCCUGCACCUGGUCCUCCGCCUCAGAGGUGGGAUGCAGAUCUUCGUGAAGACCUUGACUGGUAAGACCAUCACCCUGGAAGUGGAGCCCAGUGACACCAUCGAGAACGUCAAGGCGAAGAUCCAGGACAAGGAAGGCAUCCCCCCAGACCAGCAGAGGCUGAUCUUUGCCGGGAAGCAGCUGGAAGAUGGGCGCACCCUGUCUGACUACAACAUCCAGAAGGAGUCCACCCUGCACCUGGUCCUGCGCUUGAGGGGAGGUUUCUAAGUUCUCCCUUUUAAGCUUUCAACAAAUUUCAUUGCACUUUUCUUUCAAUAAAGUUGUUGCAUUCCAAAA